GCGUGCAGAGCACUGUACAAGUUGGCAACAUAUAGAGACAGUCCCCACCCUUGCAAGUUUCCACACUGUGGAGUGGGUUCGCUGGUUGUCAAGGCCAUCAAUGGCAAUCGUGAGGAAGCGUAGCCCGUCUCUGAAGCUCCCUUUCUCCCCCUUCUGCAAUUUUCCACUUUCAUUUUCACCUCAGCCCACACAGGAAAGAGACGACUGACUAAGAGGACUUCACCGGCGCUUUCGAUGAUGCAAAGGGAAAUUUCCCCAGCCCCGGAGAGGCGCCCUUCAAAUAGCACCGCCGCCGCGGAGGGUCCCUACUCCGCGGAGCGGGCGAGUGGCCCCGGAAAGGCGUAACCCGGGCCGGACGCAUGGACGACGGCGUGUUCUGGUCCGUCCGGGCCCUGGCCGAGGACUACCUGGACGGCAUCCUCCGGACGCCGCGACCCGGGACGGCCCCGAGCAGGACUUCCCAGGCCCUGCAGAACGUGGCAGCCUCGGUCCAGGGGGAGGUGGAGGGGGCCCUGAAGCCUCACCUCGACAGCCUCGACGUCGGCUCGGUGGGGGCAGCCAGGGGGAUCUUCAGCCACGUUUUGGCAAAGGAGUUCGAGGACGGCGUCGUCAACUGGGGGCGGGUUGUGACGGUGUUCGUCUUGGGGGGCAUUCUCACCAAGAAGCUUCAGGGCAGCGGGGUCCCGCUGACGAGGGAGACCCGGGAGGAGAUUUCUUCCUUCAUCGCGGAGUUCACCACGCACCACGCCGGAGAGUGGAUAAGGCAGAACGGAGGCUGGGAAAAUGGAUUUUUAAAUAAGUUUGAACAGAAGACCGUCUGGUCGGUGCUGGCGGAUCUUUCGACGAAGAUCCUGGGCGUACUCUCCCACCUGAAGCAAUUUUACUGACCGAAAGGAAAUCCACCCCCCGCGGAGGAACUGACGGAGAUUUCCCGCACGUCCCGGGACCCGCUGCUGAAAUUUCCUCCUCCGAAGUGACGCGAGGAGCCCCGGGGACCAACGACGUGUCUCGUCUGCUUGGGCCCGCCGAUUCGGACGGCGCCCUGCCCGUCUCCCCCCAGCCUGCCCAGUAGCUCCCAGUUUGGAUAGGGGAGCUUACCACAGCGCUCAACACAACCAGGCCCUGAGACACACGGGAUGUCACCCGUUUCACGGACUCGCCGCACGACACGAUGAGGUCAGACGGGUGCCGUUUUUAAGGCAGUCCGAUUCCCGCCGGAUCCGUUUUUCUGGUGUUCCCGGACCCCCUCGGAUUGCUCCAGACCCUCCGUGUUCCCCUCCUAGGCCCCUCUGAGUGCGACCACCGCUUCCACGUUGAGCAACUCGGCGGUAGGAGCCCAGGAGGAUGGGAGAAUCAAUCCCGGAGGGAUCAACGCCAUUCGGAAACGCUUAUCGGGCCGAGUCGGUCCACGGGAGAGGACGGGCCUACUGAAAAUCGGGCUGUCCCUGAUGAAAACCAGGCUCAAACGCCCUGGGCCUACUGAAAAUCGGGCUGUCCCAGAUGAAAACCAGGCCCGAAGAGUGCUAACCCUCAACGGACAUCGAGCGCUUAGUACGGUGCUCUGCGCACGGUAAGCGCUCAAUAAAUACGAUCGAUUGAUUGAUCAAAGACCCCCGAACGUGCAUUUCUGGAAAUGCAGAAGUGCGAGAGAAUGGAAACGUGUCGACACGGGGACUCCGUUACGUCGACGCCCAACGGACUACGGGAGCUAUGCCCUGCCACGCGAGAUGUAAAAACUUGACCGCUCUAUUUAUUUAACUUAUUUUGCAACGGAUCCGUGCUAACGCUGCCCGAUGCCACAAAUAAACCUAAA